AUGAUCAUCUCCCACGAGCAAACCUUCAGUCCUGUGGUUAUCCUCACAGCGUUCGAGACAGAAGAGCAGGCCAUUGAAAAAGCUAAUAAUUCAAUUCAUGUUUUACGGUGCUCGAUAUUUUUGCAAAAUACCGAACGAGCCCAUGGACUGGCCCGGAAAUUAAGAAGCGGGACGGUAUAG